AUGGUAUCCGCGGCCGCCCCGCACAGAGCGCAUGGGCGAACCCCGCUGCACCUGAUAUUCGCGUCGCUCCUCCUGACAGGCCUGCUCGCCGGUGUACUCGAGUGGGCGCGGGUGCAGAGCGCCCCCGUCGACUUUUUGGUGCAGUUCGGCAACCAGCCCGGCGACCGAGCGGCCGCUGAUGGCGACCGCGACCAGUCUGGCGUUCGCGACCAGCCCGACUGGCAACCCGCCAGCGUCCGCGAUCCGCCUGGCGACCGAGCGGCCGCUGCUGGCGAGGGCCACGAGGGCGGCGGCGGUGUCCCGACGGACCCGCCUGCCACCGGCGAUCCGGGCGUUUCUGCCGGUGUGCUGCGAACGCCGCAGGAUUUCUUCGCCAGGCCCGACGUAGACCACGGCAAUAUGCCGUGCGGCCUGCUGGAGGACGGGUACCGCUACGAGGGCGACCCCUUCCUGAUCAUCCCGGGGCUGAGCACCGCCGAGGGCUGCUGCGCCCUGUGCGCGUCGGAGCCGAGGUGCGGGUCGUGGACGUGGGUCAUCAGAGGCCCGGGGAGGAGGAGUGCCUCUGGGGACUCUACCCCCGAUCCAUGA